AUGUCCAACAAAAAGAAGAAGAGUAAGAGUAAGGCCAGCGAGAGCCACAAUCGUGGUGGAAGAGAGAACAGUCCUCGUGGACAACAUAACUCUCCCUCAUCGCAAAGAGACGACAGUAUCUCUGAUCAGCAAGGAAGCGAGAACAGCGGUACUGGCUCUGGAACAAACGGGAUCAAAGUAGCCGCUCGCUUGUUCCGCAAUCCAUUAUUCUCCAAAAGAGGGUUCAAACAUGCAAAAGAGGGAUUAAAAAGUGAGAGUUCAGGUGACUCAAUAAGCGGACUAAGGUGUCUUGGCUGCGGGCUUCUCGUCCUUUACCCUAUUUUGAUGAUAGGCUACAGUAUCGCCGGUUUUCUUUCCGGGGACAAAAAUAAUAGAAUGUAUGUUUUUCUGUAUGGAAGUCCACUAUUCACUGCUGUUCCUUAUUGCAUACUGUACUUGGAUAAUGUCGAUAGAUUGCUUUUAAGCAUAUUUGAGAUUGGGGAGAAGAGUUUGCUCGAAUAUUUCGCAGACCCGGGAAUCAGAGAGCUCCUCUUGACUGUUUUUGAGAUUGUGGGAUUCAUUUAUCAAUGCGUGAAGGGUAGACAAAAUUUUUGGAUAUUUAUAUGCGGGAUUGCCGGUUUUAUUUGUUAUCUCGUAGGAAAUACUUUGCUAAUCUGGGAAAGAAAGAAAAGGCCAAAACCGGCGAUGGCUGACUCGGCGUGA